AACGCUGAAGGACUUUUAUUUUGAAAUGAACCAACAGGCGGCCUUGUUAGGUGUUUCCGUCGAGAUGUGUUGAUGUGGCUGGAUUCCAGAGUUUGUUGCUAAAGUUGAACUGUAAACAAACUUCAUGGACAACUCCGUGAAAGAAAAAGAGGCCGUGGCUCUCAUGGCAGAGGCCGAGAAGAAAGUGAAAUCCUCGCAGUCUUUCUUCGGCUCUUUGUUUGGGGGAUCUUCAAAGAUGGAGGAUGCCUGUGACAUGUAUGGAAGAGCAGCAAACAUGUUCAAGAUGGCCAAAAACUGGAGUGCUGCAGGGAAUGCGUUCUCCCAGGCAGCCCUUCUACACCUGCAGAUGCAGAGUAAACAUGAUGCAGCCACAAACUUCAUUGAUGCCGGCAAUGCCUUUAAAAAAUCAGAUCCUCAAGAGGCCAUUAACUGCCUGAACAGAGCCAUUGAGAUCUAUACAGACAUGGGUCGAUUCACAAUCGCAGCAAAACACCACGUCACCAUUGCCGAGAUAUACGAGAGCGAACUGGUUGACAUUGACAAGGCCAUAGCUCACUAUGAACAGGCAGCAGACUAUUAUAAAGGCGAGGAGUCCACCAGUUCAGCAAACAAGUGUCUGCUCAAAGUCUCCACCUAUGCAGCUCAACUGGAGCAGUACCCCAAAGCAAUUGAGAUCUAUGAACAGGUUGCAACACAUGCAAUGGAUAGCACUCUGCUGAAAUACAGUGCAAAGGACUAUUUCUUUAAGGCAGCUCUCUGCCACUUCUGUGUGGACAUGCUUAAUGCUAAGCUUGCCCUCCAGAAGUAUGAGGAAAUGUUUCCAGCCUUUUCAGAUUCACGCGAGUGCAAAUUGGUUAAGAAACUUUUAGAGGCCUUUGAAGAACAGAAUGUGGAUGCAUACACUGAUGCUGUGAAGGAAUAUGACACCAUCUCUCGACUGGAUCAGUGGCUCACCACCAUGUUGCUUCGUAUCAAGAAAACCAUACAAGAAGACGAAAGUGACCUUCGCUAAGACCUUCCUGUCCUCUGGCCCGUUCUUGUCCUUUACACUCACCCGUGCCUUUAACACCAUGAACCCUCCAUGACUUCAGUACGAUGGUCGACUAUCACCAACUUUCUCUCAGUGCCUUAAAGGGAUUGGCCACCCAAAAAUAGAUAUUCUGUCAUCAUUUACUCACCCUCAUUUAGUUACAUUCCAAGCAACUGUCUUUCAUUCACAGAACACACAAGUAGAUGGGGGGGGGGGGUGGGUGUUAACCUCAGUCACGAUGAAAGUGAACAACAAAAGUGAGGGUAAAUAAUGACAGAUGCGUCAUUUUUGGUUAACUAUCCCAGUCAUUUCUGUGCUUCAUCUCUCUUACGACAUGGCAUGCUGCUCCGUCAUGGACAUGGUCAUACCGCCCGACCUCAAAGUACACUUAACACAGAAAGGCUGUUUUUUUUAAAUGGGAUUUGAGAGAGUAUUGCAUGGGAACUGAAACCAGCAACCAGUAAUAAAACGGGGUGCUGUGCACACCAAGCUUCAGAAGAGGAGCCAAUGCUUGUGCUCUAGCUGAAACAGAGUGCCUGUUUUGCGGUACACAAAAAGCCUUUGUUCAUUCAAUUAUACUCUUUAGUAAAGGCUUAUGUUUGUAUUCUUUUCAGAAAUACCACCUUGUAUCUGUUUUCUGCAUAUAUUAUUAACCUUGGGGAAUAUUUCAGAAAUGCUGUUCUUAUUUGUGCUUUAUAUAAAAUAGAUUAUAUAUAUAUAUAUAUAUAUAUAUAUAUAUAUAUAUAAAAGUGAGUAAAACGAUAAUUGAAUUUAUACUCUUUGACCCAUAAAAUAAAAAACAACUUGCUUUGUUGCAACAUUCAGGGAUGCAAACUACUCCCCUUCCAGAUUAAGGAACCUUUUGAUAAACACAUUUUUCCACAUUUUUUGUGGAAUUUUCUAAAUGUUUCUUGUAAAAAAAGAAAGAAAAAAGCAGCUUUACAUACAACAAACAAAUUAACUGAAAAGAUACAUCUAGAACACCUCCUGAGCCACGCAUCCCUUAACAUUUCUCCUGAUUGGUUUAUGAAAUGCUUUUAAUUCAUUCUUAAUUAUUCAUCAUGUCUUGCAAUGAAUGCAUUGUCCUCUUUGUAAUUAAACUGAAAUACUCCAG